AAACAAUGCAAUCAUCUACUGUUAUAAAAAAAUUGAAAAUUUCAUUCAUCUCAAAAUAAAAGUGUUGAGUGGGAGCACAUAACAUAUUUUGGUGGGGAAACCAACUGCUCGAAACAUUAUUUUAACACUUCGUUACUUGUAGUGGUUCUAAGUGCAAAUAAUAAUUAUAAUAAGAAUAUUGUAUAUACUUCUAGUUGAUUACGAAGAUGACUUCCAAACGGACAGUACUUAGUAGACCAAGAACCAAAUUAUAUGACGCCAAUUAUAAUAUUGGAGAAAGUUAUUAUAAAUCCGCCUUAGAUAGAUUAGAUAGAAAAUACUCUGGAAGACCGCUUACACCACCUCGCCACGAAUCACCAGCAGCAGAAAGUAUUGCUGAACGUCAUGCCAGAAUUUUUGCCGAUGAAGAUUUGGAAUUUUCUCGUAAACGAGCGGAAAAACACAUCAGAGAAGAUCAUGCUUUCGAUUCGCGAGGAGGACGAAUUAUCCGAGGUGGAUCUGUUAUGGACAAUUUGGAAAAUGAUAUAAACGAUGAGACUGCCUCAUCUAUAAGACGUCUCCGAGCUAACAAAAAAGUAUCGAUUAUCGAUGAUGUGGAUCUUGAGAGCACUUCCAAUAACUUGAAAUCGAUGCGUUUGCUUGAUAGGACCGACAAGAUUUUAGACACCGUUGGUAUAAAUGAUACUUUACCAAAAAAAUUGGCAGAAAGAGAAUCGUCUCAAAGACGCAGUGCGCUAAAAGUGACAUUUAAUGCGGACGAAGAUAAUUUGACAAAAUGGACACCUUUGGAAAAUAAAGUAACAUCCUUCAGAGCGAGAAGAGAAACAGUAAUAUCAGGUGUGGAAACAGAUAGCGGCGCAGCACGUAGAGCAAAAUUGACGAAAGACAGAUUAAACGAUUUGGAAGAUGAAAUGACUGCUAUUCAAGAAAAACAAGCUGCUAGAGAAGCUAGAGUAGCCAGAUUAAGAAAGCUGGUAGCCGAAACUGAACAAGAUUCAGCAGACUUUGAGUUGUCUCAAGUGAAAGCUGAAAGAGCAGAAGCUCGAAAAGAACGGGUGGCUAUUGAAUAUUAAAUUAAUAUGGUUGAUUGAACUGGAGCUAUCUACUUUUCAUUUGUUGAAAGAAAAACAAAUAGUUCUAUAGAGUAGUAUAAAUAUUUUUAAAUGUUAAAAAUUUUACUUAUUUCAUUUCUUGUUUCUAUAAAAAUUUAUAUGUAAAUAAAUAAGUCGGAAAA